UGCGAAUAUCCUCCAGGACCGCCUGGUCUACCAGGUCGAGAUGGCAUUCCGGGUCCAGCUGGAACACCAGGAGCUCCAGGAUUACCGGCUCGUCUGCCUUGUGAUCCACCCAUAGACUACUCAAAAGUUUGUCCCGAUCCAUGUCCGACUGGCGUGCAAGGGCCACCUGGAGAGACGGGAACACCUGGCGAUAAAGGCGGCGUCGGAAUCCCAGGAUCGCCAGGAAAACGAGGUCUCGACGGAAAACUGGGAGAAAAAGGCGAGCCUGGUCCACGAGGCAUUCCCGGCCUUGAUGGGGAAAUUGGUGAUCCUGGAGAGGAUGCCAUACCGCAGCCGUUUAUUCCAGGACCACCGGGAGAACAAGGAGACGAAGGACCUCCUGGACCACCAGGUAAUAUUCACAGAAAUAGAAAUAUGUUUGAGAAAUACCAUCGUGUGCAUAGAAACAAAUGCUGUGUUUUAGGACCAGUGGGAAUGCCCGGAAUCGAUGGCCCAAUUGGACCAGCAGGACCACGUGGAAAGAAGGGGAAGGACGGAUUCCCCGGUGGAAAAGGUGAUCCCGGACCGGAAGGAGCAAUGGGCGAAUCAGGAGAAGACGGCGAAAAAGGGGUCUGUCCCACGUACUGUGCAACCGAUGGUGGUGUGUUCUUUGUGCAACCGCCGGAUUGGUUUUUCAACGACUGA